AUGGGGGAUGAUACUGAUCCUCCCCAAUCGCGGGUUCUCACUUAUGCUGAAAAAGUUUUAGGCAAAAAACAGUUACUAACAACAACUUUGGAUUUGAAUACACUGCCAAACCCUACUUUGAAAGAAGGAAAGCCAACAGUUGUGCUUUCGGUUUCUUAUUAUGAAGAGGGUUGCGAUAUUUGGAAGUUCAGUCUUAUAGGUCGUCUGGAUUUCAAGGGUAUCAAUUUUCAAGAUGUGAAGAAUAGUUUUGAGCAGCAAUGGCAGCUAGGUCAGGGCCGUGUACAAUUCAUACCUAUGAAUAGAGGCUUUUAUAUCAUCAAGUUGCAAUCAAUGGAAGAUCGAGACAGGAUUCUUAAUGUUGAGGCGUGGAUGUUUGAACAACAAAAGCUUAACCUAAUGGAAUGGUUCCUUGGUUUUGGUGCGGAAAAACACAAUACUUCUCAUGCUACGGUAUGGGUUAAGUUCCCUGGUUUGCCUGUUGAAUAUUGGAUUGAGAAGACUUUACUGGCGUUUGGUAAAUCCCUUGGUACUGCAUUUUUGGUUGAUAAACGCACAUUAGAUCAUGAAUAUGGUUAUUACGCUUCAGUUCUCAUAGAUAUUAACUUUGCUGAGCUUGACACUGAUGGUAUUCAUAUUUUGCAAGCUUCAGCGUCAAUACAACUGGAUAACAAUUCGAUCACUCAAGAAGAGCGUGGUAAUAAUGUUGCUAGUGCUGGGAACGAUUGGCAAGAGCCCAGACGUAGGAAAGGAAAGACAGCUCCUGUCAUUCCAAUUGUGCCUGAGUUACCUAAUGGAAACCAAGUUACUUUGGGUAAUGGCCAGCAAGCUAAUGUAAAUAACGUCCCUAAUGGGAAUCGGAUUUCUGGUGUGCAUCCACAAAAGGAGUAA